AUGGGGCUCGCGUAUAACGUCUAUCUUACUUCCAACAAAAUCUUUGGGUGCAAGCAAUGCAAGACACAUCUAGCGGAUUACGACGAUAUCAUCAGUCGGAAUUUCCGCGGCCAACAUGGCAAGGCGUAUCUGUUUAACAGCGUCGUCAACAUCACCCAAUCCGAGGCGGUGGAGCGCAGCAUGACCACCGGGAAGCACAUCGUUCGAGACAUCGCAUGCAGGCAAUGCAGGGAAACGGUGGGGUGGAAGUACGAUAAAGCCUACGAGACCAGUGAAAAGUACAAAGAGGGCAAGUUCAUCCUGGAAGAAGAGCUCCUCUGCGUGGUAGCCUAG